AUGGGCCACAGCUUCAUAUUCACCACGUCCAUCGUCCUUAGCCUAUCGUCCAUCGUCGGCAUGAUUGGCAAUCUCAUUGUCCUCUUUGCCUUCAUCAGCAACGCUGUCCGAAACAAAGCUGUGCAGCCUUUGGACCGCAUCAUUAUCAACAUGGCUCUGGUGAACUUCCUUCUCUGUUGCUACAAGACAAUUCCCAGCUUGCUCUUUUAUACCAGAGCCAACAUUUUGGAUGAGCUGGGCUGCAGGAUCCUUCUCUAUUCGUACCAUACAUUGAGGCUGAUCAGCAUCUGGUCUGUAGAGAACCUGAGCUUCCUCCACCUCAUCAAGAUCCGAAGGCCCAAUCACCGGUGGUCAAAGUUCAUCUAUCGGCACCAGGGACAAUACGUCAACGGCACUCUUGCUGGUUGUUGGAUAGCCAGCAUCCUCCUACAGAUCCCUUAUUUGCAGUAUGAGAAAACAAAUCACAAAGACAAUGUAACCAUCAUCUGGUUGAGUACUUCGACCUGCCUAGGGUCCACAGAGAGUUUGGCUAUGAAGGUCACCACUUACUUGUCCAUCAGCUUGGACCUCGCCUUAAUUGUGUUGGUCAUCGUCCUCAAUGGCUUCAUUAUUGACCUCCUCUAUAAGCACAGCAGGAAGGUGGAGGCCACCACCUCGGUCACCAGCAAUGGAUGGAACAAGCACACUGCCCAGGCCACCAAGGUCUUGCUGUCUUUGCUCUGCAUCUAUGUGGUCUGCUGGAUCUCCAAUGACCUGGUAUGGAUAGCCAUCAUGUCUGGGUACAUCAAGAGUGAUUUUGAGAACAGCAUCCUCAACGAGCUCUACGGCAUCCUGUCUUCUAUUUAUUACUCGGCCAGCUCGUAUGUUGUGGUGUUCGGCUACAGAAAAGUCAGAGAGUAUUUGAUGGAGGCGUGCUGGUGCUUCAGAUAUCCAAUGUCCACCAAGGUGCAAAGCACGUCUUAG